AUGGCCGACACCGUUUCACCUCAAAACACGCAAAAUGCGCAUGAUAAUCAAUCCGCGGUGUCGAAUGAUCCUAGCAAUAACUGGUUUCCCAUAGAAAAGAUUACCAAAUCAAAGUAUGUACAAGGUAAGCGCCAGUAUUUAGUCAAAUGGGAAGAAUCAAUUAUGAUCAGAAUGCGGUUGUUCUCAUUCUUCUGCAUCACCGUUGCUUAUUUGGUCAUACCUGUGGAUGUUGCAAACAAAGUUCGACUGAACUAUGGUGUCGUAUUUCAAGAGAAAGCCAAGGUACAGUUUUCCAAUGAUGUCUGGUUACAUACGUUUGCAGUUGAUUUACCAAAAACAGUUCAAUUAGAUUCUACAAAUGAUUGUGUGAACUGUUCAAACUUUAACAAGGUUAUUGAAACCAUGAACAAUAUACGAGUUAGAUGUCAAGCUAGACUCAAUGCUACCACUGAGGAAAUUAAAACCUUGAUUCCUGAAAUAAGGAAAGAAACAAGAUCAGGAAAAUCUCCUAAAGCUUUAUUGGGUUUUGUAGGAACUAUGUACAAAUCUAUUUUUGGUUUAGCCACUGUUGAUGAUGUUAACAUUUUGGCUCAACACAUUAAUCGAAUUACUUCUACAGUCAACAAGGUUACAGAAGCUUUAGCACGACAUGGACGUCAUUUUUCUUCAUUUACAGCAGAAGUAACUCGUAGAUUAGACAAUAUGGUAUUGGGUCUUGAACAAAAUCAUAAUGCAUUAAUGUCAUUAAGUAAUUCCUUAGAGAAAGAUGUCACUUUACUUAGCAAUGCUAUUGACACGGUCCCCACAUUUUUGGUCAAUCAAUUAAGUAAUGCUGAAACUUUAGAAACACAGUUGGAACAAUUUAAACUUGGUGUUCAAACAUUAGUUCAGGCAACAGGUGAUUUAUAUUUCCCUGCACGCCUCACAGCUUGUAAUAAGAAACCCCAACCAAGGCCUACUUAUUACCACCCUGUUAACCUUGCACUUUUGCAGCAAUUCUUUAAUGCAUCUUCCAUAACGGGAAUCUCCGGAUAUACAAUGUUUCCAGAGGAAGCUAUCAUAGAUAUUCCUGCUUUUCGAUUUUAUAAUGACUCAAUGUCUACAAUAUUGGCUAAGGAUCAAAAAGAACAUUUAAGUUUGAAGAAAAUGUUUAAAGCUUCAAAACGUGAUGCUAUAAUUUUCCAGUCAUUAGCUGAACCACUUGCAAAUGGUGAUCUCACUGUGCCAGAAACAGAUAUUGAUACUUUCAAUGUUUUAACCAUUGUUUCUUUAUGUUUAUCAAUCCUUUGUGCAGUUGCCAUUGGAUAUUUAGUUUAUAAACUUAGAGCUUUGUCAGCAGCAUUGUUGUUAGCAUCUAAAGCCACGUCAGUCAAAGCUUCAUCUGUCCCAGUUUUUAGAUACAGACCUGAAACUAUCAAUGUUGAAGAAGAGCCUUCAAUGUCAGAUUAUAUUCAAAACAUCUUAACUUGGGAUCACGGCAUUUUUCUUAUGGUUUCAAUUUCAACCUUAUUUAUUAUGAUAUCAGUUAUAAAGUACUUAAGAAAUCGUAAUAACAAUUGCAAAAUUGUUCUUGAAGUUACGUCAGGUUCCUUGUGCACUUUCAUUCCUGUAACGUUCUUGUCUUUGUGUCCUUCCUAUUGGGAAAUCACUCCCCCAUCAGAUGUAAGUAACAUUCAAAUUUCAGGGUACAUUAGGCCAAUUUUGACUUUAGAAUGGGAUAAUUUAUCAAUCAAAAACAAACUCACUUCAAAAGAAAUUCAAGUCAAAUCUACACUUUCUCUGUCGUAUUGGCAAGCUUACAAACUCCGCAAAAUUCUUAAUCAACCUUUUUGUGCAUAUUUGGUCUUGAUUCAUGAUAAUUACUACUACGCCUUAUCAAAUUAGAGCCAUUCUCGAUUAUCA